GGGUCGCGUGCGUGCGAGGGGGGCGACGUAAGGGCGCUCCGCGAGCCCGUCUCUCCUCGAAUGAAAGGAAACAACCUCCGGCGACAGAGCCCCGCUCUCAGGCACUGCUGGAGAACCGAGACCGACUUCUUUCUCUUUACCCUCAUUGGCGCUUCUCUCCUGCAGUCCGCCUCUGGGCCCUGCUGCAUUUCUUGAGGCUUAAAGUGGCAUUCUAAAGACAAUUUAAAAAUCAUGUCAAGCUCAGUUGAACAGAAAAAAGGGCCUACAAGACAGCGCAAAUGUGGCUUUUGUAAGUCAAAUAGAGACAAGGAAUGUGGACAGUUACUAAUAUCUGAAAACCAGAAGGUGGCAGCGCACCAUAAGUGCAUGCUCUUUUCAUCUGCUUUGGUAUCAUCACACUCUGAUAAUGAAAGUCUUGGUGGAUUUUCUAUUGAAGAUGUCCAAAAGGAAAUUAAAAGAGGCACGAAGCUGAUGUGUUCUUUGUGCCAUUGUCCUGGAGCAACAAUUGGUUGUGAUGUGAAAACAUGUCACAGGACAUACCACUACCACUGUGCAUUGCAUGAUAAAGCUCAAAUACGAGAGAAACCUUCACAAGGAAUUUACAUGGUCUAUUGCCGAAAACACAAGAAAACUGCACAUAACUCCGAAGCUGAUUUAGAAGAAAGUUUUAAUGAACAUGAACUGGAGCCCUCAUCACCUAAAAGUAAAAAGAAAAGUCGCAAAGGAAGGCCAAGAAAAACGAAUUUUAAAGGGCUGUCAGAAGAUACCAGGUCCACAUCCUCCCAUGGAACAGAUGAAAUGGAAAGUAGUUCCUAUAGAGAUAGGUCUCCACACAGAAGCAGCCCUAGUGACACCAGGCCUAAAUGUGGAUUUUGCCAUGUAGGGGAGGAAGAAAAUGAAGCACGAGGAAAACUGCAUAUAUUUAAUGCCAAGAAGGCAGCUGCCCAUUAUAAGUGCAUGUUGUUUUCUUCUGGCACAGUCCAGCUCACAACAACAUCAAGAGCAGAAUUUGGAGACUUUGAUAUUAAAACUGUACUUCAGGAGAUUAAACGAGGAAAAAGAAUGAAAUGUACACUUUGCAGUCAGCCUGGUGCUACUAUUGGAUGUGAAAUAAAAGCCUGUGUUAAGACUUACCAUUACCACUGUGGAGUACAAGACAAAGCUAAAUACAUUGAAAAUAUGUCACGAGGAAUUUACAAACUAUACUGUAAAAAUCAUAGCGGAAAUGAUGAGAGAGAUGAAGAAGAUGAGGAACGAGAGAGUAAAAGCCGAGGAAAAGUAGAAAUUGAUCAGCAACAACUAACUCAGCAGCAACUUAAUGGAAACUAGGUUCAUGGGACAGAGUUAGAAAACUGGGAAUGAAUAAGACAUCCAUAACUACUAUUCUUUUUUCACUGUUUUCUAAAAUCAAAAAGGGUUUGUAACUUUUUACUGCCCAACUCUUAGAUCCUUCAUUGAACUGCCUAAAAAUGUCUUGUUUGUUUUAUGAGCCUUCACUAGAAGGCUGAGUUUGACAUGUUGAUAUUACGUAGCUAUAGUUUGCAGUUUCCGGGAAGCAAUUGAAACACUAUUAACCCUGUGUAUAGUGUCAACAGUUAAAGCAGACGAAACGAAGUAAGCUAUAUUUCUGGACUGAACAAAGUUCUGCUGUUUAGAGCAUUUAAGUUUGUUUAGUGGAUCCAUACUCAAAGGAAAGCAUAAGCAAAUUUUCCUUUACAAUGCAAACAUGCCACUGGUGGCAGCACAUGGUAAUUUGUGGAUUUUUUUUUCAUACUCAAGCAAUGGAGGCUAGAAAUGAAGAGAACCUUCUUUUUCUCUUGACUUUGACAGCACAUGCUAAAAAUCUCUUCCAAGAAGUACGCUAAAGCUUUUCAUUUGGUUCCUGUUAAAGUUGUUCUCACUGACCAGCAUGGACUCAGGCAACUGGUAAUUAUAAGCUAUGAGCUCCAGUGCUUUUGCCAAAAUUCUCUUGACAGCACACCUCCUCUCUUUCCAUGUUAUGCAAAGGACUUCUGGCAAAAUGAUUGAGUCCUUCAAGUUUAAACUAACAUUUGGCAACAGCAAAUUAAACGUUUUUAAGAUGUAAAGAAAGGGUUACUGCUUGCUAAGGACUUCAGACACCAUGUCCGAAACCUGUUCCUCUCAAGUGCCCUGUUGUGUGGAACACUUCACAUAUUGGCGCAAAGUACGUAAGGAGGUCUCAUGUGCUGUAGGAGUAAAAAAGUCUUUGCAUAAAACAGUAUUUAUUUUUACUUUUGUGACCACUAUUUUAGAAACUUUAUUUAAUAUUUUAAUGUUUUCAGUCAUUGCUUUGGUUAUCUAUAAAAUAGGCUUUUGUGCCCUACUUUUCUUCUUGUAGGGCUUGGUGGUGUUUUAUCGAUUGUCAGAAUUGUUUUUGAAAGCCUAAGAACCCAGCUUUUUAGAAAGGAUUUUCACACUGGCAUUUCUAGGUAGUGAUAUUUUCUUCCACUUACCUGCUGAAGCACAUUUAUGCAUUUCUUUAUGGCAAAACCAAAUAACUUUAGUUGUGGUCUGCCUGAUACUACCAUAGCACCUCAAUACCAAGGGGAGGGAUUUUGACUAGUUGAAUUAUUAAGCCACCACAAUAAAGCAGAUUUUUAAAUAAGAAAUAAUCAUGUUAACUUGACUGUACAUUGAGAUAUUGUGCAGCUGAUAGAGCAGCAUUUUUAAAAUGUAACAGGUGGAAAAUUACACUGUGCUUAAUGACUGAUUUUUUUUUAAAACUGCGAGUCCCUUAAGGUCACGUUUGUCAAGUGUGUAUUCACACAUUUACUUAAAUCAAGGGACUCAAUGCUUGCUUUUAUUUUAACCAUCUUUUACUAUUUUUAGAAGGAAACUAGCUUUAGUAGUGGGUUGCCCUAUAUGUUUUCUCUUUUUGCUCUUACUAUGCCAUUGGGUUUUUGUGUGUACGUGAUUUUCACAAUUCAUGACUUGAAGUGCAAGGACAGAUCUAGAUGUUUGUUUACCAAGCUAUGUGACUUCUCCCAAAGGAUCUGUACUUUCUUUCCUUACAACAGCUUGAAAAUCAUUAUUUUAAAAUCCUUAAAUCACUGUGUCUAGAUCAUUUUUUACAUUGUGUGCCAUAGACUUACCCAUGGGAUAACAGAGCUCCUUCAUUUUUGGACAACUACUGUAAUCAUUUUUUUUUUUUUGGGUAAAAUGGAAGGUGCCAGGGGUAAUCAUGGCCAGUCAAUAAUUAUAUAAAGGAGUUCAAAUACUAUAGCUGUCAGUUGAUGAAUUUGUUAUGUAGUAAAAUGUAUGACUUUGUGUGGGUUUCUUCAGCCCUUUUUCUGCCACUAGCAACCAGAAUAGCACUUUACCUUUUGGUUGGCUAGAUAAGUGGCUGACUACCUGUUUUUCUCACUGUGGUGUGAUUGGCUAAACAAUCUUGCAUUAAAAAUUCAAAUGUAAAUUGAAUUCACAUGAAAAAUGAUGUUUGGUUGUAAACCUCCAAUGUUUUGAUUCUCUAAUCAUGUUUUCGUCACAUGCUGAGUAAAAGUGCCUUACAAUGUAAAAAUUGUACAGUACUUAUGUUCCCAAGUAGCAUCAUCAUCUUCUGGGUAGUAAUUACAUUGUGGUAUUAAUAUUUAGAAAAAUGGACCUCAGCAGUGUAUUUACUGUACAUCUCUUAAGUCCUUAACUGUAGUUUUAAUAAGCAUGACAUUAUUUGAUAAGUAUAUAACAUUUACAUCAUUUCAAAAAAUACUGCCGUUACUGUCUUUUAUGCAUAUUUUAGCCUGAAAUUUUGAAGCGUCUUUUUUCUUUCUUUCUUUUUUUGUUUUGUUUUUUUUGUUAUUGAUAUUAAACAGUGUAAUCUUUGCAAGCGUAUAUUGAAGAUUAUUCUGGAGCAUUUAUUGCCUUACCAGAAAUGUUAGUAGGAAAUGUUCUUUAGAGUAGAAAGAUAGACUUGAGUUUCUAUACUUUUAAUAAGAGCUCUUUGUUCCUGGGGGGAGGGGGGCAGGGGGUGAAUUUUACUUUCAUCUCAAGUUAUUAAAAACCCACAACUGAAGUAAAUUUUAUUUCAAGGAUCAGCAGUUUUAGAAUUUCAGAUAGUACUUGCUCAGAAGUACAUGCUACUCAAGAUAUUAAGAGAUAACAAGAUCUGUAGAUCUGCUAUUGAAUCAGAAUCUGUGUACUUGAACAAAUGUGUGAAUCUCAAAUAUCUCAAAGAAAAAGAAAAAGUGUUCUAGAGUGUUGUUGCUUUUUUAAAAAAGCGCUGAAGUUAGACCAAGGUAUACAGUUUUGUUCUAACAGACAUUUAGGUUAAUUGUAAAGAUAAGGAAUGCAUUAUGGGUCAAAAAUCAAACAUUCCUCUCAUGUUAUGUAUAUUUUGUUCCUGUUGUAUUGGCUUUAUUUUCAAAAUUGUAGUUUGUAGUAUUAGUUUCCUUUUAUUGGUAUUCUUGCAUAUACUAUUCAUUCAAUAAAUGACUUAUGACUUUCA